CUAAUGACCAACAGUUUCUUCAUAGUCACCCUGGAGACAAAGACUUGAUAUUCCUUCAUCUUUGGCCCCAGACGAAGACCAGUACACUUUAUCAAAAGCGCAAGCCCAACUCAAACGGUUCUCCUCCGACGCUGCUCGCCGCCUCUUUCCUCUUUUGGCGCUUGGAUUUCAGUUAAUUUGCAUAGGUUUAGGUUAUUGGAUUAUGGCUCGGGGGAGAGAUAGAAUCAGUCAACUUCCCGCGGAUAUACUUGACCACAUCUUGGGAUUCUUGCCAAUUCAAGAGGCUGCUAAAACUGCUGUGUUAUCUUCCAUUUGGAGAGAUGUUUGGCUUAGUCUUACCCAACUCAAUUUUGAUCAUAAGUUCUUUCUUUAUAUUAAUAAUAAACAUCACCGUGCUAGCAAGUAUGUCAGGAAAUCAGCUGCAAGUUUAUACGUGAUCAACAAAGUUCUCCUGCUGCACAAGGGAACAAUUCGGAAAUUUGUUCUCUGUUUUUAUAAUGUUGGGAUACUUGCAAUUAGGUCUCGGUCUUAUGACUUCGAUGAAUGGUUACUUUUAGUCACACAGAAAGGUGUUGAAGAAAUCUACAUUCGUUUUGAGGAAAAAGCAUACCGGUUGCCAGGCUGCAUAUUUUCUUGCUCAACACUUAAGAGAUUGCAUCUUUAUGGUGUCAUUGUUGAUCCAAUCAAUUUGCCUUGCAUAUUACCUAAUGUUGCUUCACUUUGUUUUGAAUGGGUUGACUUUGUUCCUAUAAAUUGUCUAGAUUGUGCUAUUGAUGUUCUUGCACUCGAGGAUUUGUCAUUUAUCAGCUGUAAAAACACGUUUUAUUUUGACAUUACUGCUCCAAAGCUGCGUAGUUUAACAAUCAAAUCUGGCUCAUCUAACGAGUUGGGCAAAUUUCUCCCGGUUAACUUGGACUUGAGAUCUGUUUCUACUCUUGAUUUGGGUGGUUGUGUCCAGGGAUUUGUUAAAGAAUUCACCAAGAUGGGAUUUCGACUAAAUGUGAAAUACCUUAAGCUUUCAUGUUACGAAGAAUUCUAUACCCAAAGUGACAGAUCAUUUUCUGUGCUUGCUCAUUUGCUGCGAUUAUGCCCUAAAUUAUGCAAACUGGUUAUCAAUUUAUUUUGGCUCAGGUCAGUGGCUACUGAAUGUGUGAACGCCUUGUUGGAACUUCAUGAUGUGGCUCAAACAAAUACGAUGCUCCAUGCUUUAAAGUUUAUUUCAUUUACAGGGUCACAUUCUGAAACGCUUUUCAUUAAGAAGCUAUUUGCUAGUUUUUCAACACUUGAAAGGGUUGUCAUUGUUUGUGAGAAAUAUUACUGCAAAAAGGACUCUACUUGCCUCCACAAAAACAAAAAUUAUUAUUGUCUAGUGAGUAUAUUUCCAUUGAACAAACAAGUUUCUAUUUUGGAAAUGGUUUCUAUGAAAAUCUCUGCAUUCCAUUCAGUUGUUGUGUGUGUGCCUAAUCUUGUGGCAACUUGA